AUGGGUAAUGCCGUCUCUUCCUCAGGCUUAACAACAGAAGAAAAAGCUGCAAUCCCAGUUGAUGUGCAAGAAAAGGCUACGAAUUUGGUUGAUUUGACAGUAAAUGCUUCUCAUAUUGUGGUUGAAGAAGGCCGCAGUAAUUUGGAACAAGAACAACAAGCUAUUUCUCAACAGCGUGCUGUCUUGACUGAUGGAGUUACUUCGACGGACAACGUUGCUGUACAGGUGGUUACAAAAGGGAUAGUGGCUGUUAAUCCGGAUGCUAUGCAGGAGACGCGAUCUCCUCCAAUUGAUUUUGCUAAUAAAUUCUUAAUCCAAGAUGAUGCCCAAGUGGAUUAUCAUCAAGAGGAAGACUCAGAUGAUGUUCAACAUAUCGAGAGUGAUCGAUCAAAGCUACUUAGGGUUUCUUGUACGGAAGCCAUGAAAAACGACAAGAAUUAG